UUCCCCCUCCGUGACGAAGCGUGCACACACACACGUCAGCUCGGGGAGGGCAAAGUCUGCUUAAAAUGCUGCGAGUGUGACGGCGGAGUCCAGAGCACAGCGGCGCGCGGACGGACAGGUGAGCGCGGGGGGCGGAGAAGGACACGCGGAGGCUCGGCGGAGGAUCAGAGAGCCCCGAGGAGCGCGCGGGGAUCAUGACGGUGGUGCCCGCGGAGAACCUGGACGAGACCGUGGCGCUGGCCGCGCUGUCGGCUCAGGACGCGUGCGAGCCGGAGCGCGCGGACAGCCAGGACUGCUGCGAACGCGUGGUCAUCAACAUCUCCGGGCUGCGCUUCGAGACGCAGCUGAAGACGCUCGCGCAGUUUCCCGCCACGCUGCUGGGAGACCCGCGGAAGAGGAUGCGCUUCUUCGACCCACUGAGGAACGAGUACUUCUUCGACCGGAACCGGCCCAGCUUCGACGCCAUCCUCUACUACUACCAGUCCGGGGGCCGGCUCCGGAGACCUGUCAACGUGCCGGUGGACAUCUUCUUGGAGGAGAUCAAGUUCUAUGAGCUUGGAGAGGAGGUGAUCGAGAAUUUUAAGGAUGACGAGGGCUUCAUUAAGGAGGAGGAGCGCCCGCUGCCCGAGAACGAGUUCCAGCGGCAGGUCUGGCUCCUGUUCGAGUACCCGGAGAGCUCUGGACCCGCCAGGGGCAUCGCCAUCGUCUCGGUCCUGGUCAUUCUCAUCUCCAUCGUGAUCUUCUGCAUGGAGACGUUACCGGAGUUCCGUGAGGAGGCCAGGACUUUUGACGAGCACCUGGCAGCGAACGGAACAGCGCGCGCAAAGAAACCGAACCCAUUCACGGACCCGUUCUUCAUCGUGGAGACGCUUUGCAUCAUCUGGUUUUCAUUCGAGCUGCUGGUCAGGUUCCUCGCGUGCCCCAGCAAGGCCGCCUUCUUCAAGAACAUCAUGAACACCAUCGACAUUGUGGCUAUCAUGCCCUACUUCAUCACGCUGGGACUGGAGCUCGCGGAGCACCAGGGGAACGGCCAGCAGGCCAUGUCUCUGGCCAUCCUCAGGGUCAUCCGCCUGGUUCGGGUCUUCCGCAUCUUCAAACUGUCCCGACACUCCAAAGGACUGCAGAUUCUCGGGAAGACGCUGCAGGCCAGUAUGCGCGAGCUCGGACUGCUUAUCUUCUUCCUCUUCAUCGGAGUCAUCCUCUUCUCCAGCGCCGUGUACUUCGCGGAGACCGACGACCCGCACUCGGGCUUCAGCAGCAUCCCGGACGCAUUCUGGUGGGCUGUGGUCUCCAUGACGACGGUGGGCUACGGGGACAUGUGCCCGGUCACCAUUGGGGGGAAGAUCGUGGGCUCUUUGUGCGCUAUCGCCGGCGUGCUGACCAUCGCGCUGCCGGUGCCCGUCAUCGUGUCCAACUUCAACUACUUCUACCACCGGGAGACGGAGCACGAGGAGCAGUUCCAGUACACGCACGUGACCUGCGGACAGCAACAGCCGGCUUUCGGAGAGUUCAGAAAGAGCGACAGCAGGUCGAGCCUGUCCAAGUCCGAGUUCCUGGGCAGCGAGGACGCGGACUCCAUCAAGUACACCAACUGCAGCCCGCACAAAGCCCACAGCGGCAAACUCACCGACGUCUGAGCCGCAGCAGCACGCGCUCUGCUGUGACUGCACACCGGAGAGAUCCUUUUUUCUGCCAUACAAGACCCACGGAGAGGACCCACGUUUACCCCCGAAACCGUCUUCCAUCACGCGCGUCACGA